CUCACAUACUAAUACAUACAUACUCUCCUAUGACUUGACUUUUUUUUUUUUUCUUUUCCUUUUCUCGGCAUUCAUCACCCAUUUCAUUCUGCUCCAUUCCUUGUUUUCAAUUUCACUUACAACCCUUAUUCUUUUAAACAAUGGUCUCUGAAAGCAACAAUGGUAUGCUCAAUACCAGUAGAUUACUUGUCGUCACAUUUCUUCUCCCAAAUACAAUCUCUUUUCAAGUUCCACGCGAAAAGGACAGCCGCUUCAAAGGAUUUAUCUCCUCUAUACAGUCCCGAGAUGGCUCCAGAUACCCCUCUACCACCCGAGUCACUUCUGCGCCCGUCUCUGUUCCUCCUCCAACCUCAACCGCACUCUACUCCCCUGCUCUCGAGGCCCUGCAUGGGUCAGCACCCAUGCCUCCACCUUCUUCUAAACGAAACAGUGGCGGAACAAGUAUUGGCGUUGGCAUUAGUAGUAGUGGUAGCGGGACUGCUGUAAUAGGAGGUCUGGGGAUACCUCGACUCGCUGAACACAUUGUUGCGUCCAAUAGUCUAGCAACUUCAACGGAGCUCUUUCGUGAUGGCACUGCAACUGAUAAGACGGAUCGGCCCAAGGACCAAGAUCGCUCUGUCCAUGUAGUACAACAACAGAGGAGUGCGACGUUCUCACCCCUGUCUAUCCUGCCACAGCUUCCAGAGCGUCAAGAAGACCUUUUCCCAGCAGCUACCCCACGUCCCGCAUUGAAUCAACCCCGUAGCAGGAGCAGGAGCACACGAAUGGAUGACAUUCAUGAUAGCAGACAUCAUCAUCAUCAUGAUGGACAUCCAUCUUCUCUCGAUACCCAGUUAGACCCUUCGUCGUCAUUGUCGCAAUCAUCGCCAUCAUCAUCGCCAUCUGAAACAUCUGUAACGUUUUCAAAGCCUUCGAGACAGACCCCUUCUCAUUUACAACGCAGUCAUUUCCUGGACUCGGCCAAGGUCUUUGCAGAUGCGAAAUGGACAGUAGAACCGGCAUACAGCGGUAACAUUGGAUUGCAUAACGCUGUCAACUCAAUUCAGGACCAACUUUCUAAGCGGAUCUGGAUCGGUACGUUGGGAAUGGCUACCGAUUCAUUGACAGACCGUACACGGGGCGAUAUCCGUACCGAGUUGGCAUUAAAUCACAAUUCUAUCCCAGUAUUUGUGCAUGAUCAGGACUUUGAAGGGCAUUAUCACCAUUUUUGUAAACAGGUUCUCUGGCCUAUUUUCCAUUACGUGCUGCCUGACAACCUGAGGAGUAAAGGAUAUGAAGAUGGAUACUGGAAGCACUAUGUGGCUGUCAACAGGGCAUUUGCAGACACAAUUAUUGAGAACUACAACCAAGGUGACACAAUUUGGGUUAAUGAUUACCACUUGAUGCUGGUCCCAAAUAUGAUUCGCGAACGGCUACCGGACGCGUCUAUUGGAUUCUUUUUGCAUAUCCCGUUCCCAAGCUCGGAAAUAUUUAGAUGCCUGCAUGCUAGAAAAGAGGUGUUAGAAGGUCUGUUGGGUGCAGAUUUAGUCGGGUUUCAAACAUACUCUUUUGCGCGCCAUUUUCUACAAACAUGCUCGCGUCUUUUAUCAGUGGAGACAAAUCCGAAGGGUAUUCAGUUGGAGAACACGACCGUCAAUGUUGGUAUCUUCCCAAUUGGCAUCGACACAAAGACUUUGAACAUAAAGCGCCAAGAUCCCGAAGUCGCUUCGUGGGUCGAAAGGCUUAAGGAAAAGUAUGCAGGGAUGAAGCUGAUUGUUGCCCGUGACAAACUAGACUAUAUUAAGGGGGUCAGGCAAAAGAUGUUGGCGUUCGAGCGAUUCUUAAAUCUUUAUCCGGAAUAUCAGGGCAAGAUCGUGUUGAUCCAAGUUGCAUUAUCGACGUCUGAACAGAAUGAGGUCCAAGGACAAGUUUCUGAUGUGGUCACACGGAUCAACUCCAAGUUUAGCGACCUCUCCUAUCAACCUAUUGUAUUUUUAAGGCAGGACAUUACCUUUAGCCAGUAUCUCGCCCUUUUGACAGUCGCAGAUUUGUGUCUAAUUACACCACUGCGUGAUGGCAUGAAUUUAACCUCACAUGAAUAUGUUGUCUGUCAAGAGGAACGAAAGAACCCAUUAGUGCUCAGUGAGUUUGCUGGGACAUAUGGAAGCUUAGGAGCAUGUCUGCGCGUGAACCCAUGGAACUACACUGAGGUUGCCAUAGCGAUCCAUGAUGCCCUUGAGAUGCAGGAAGAAGAGAAAAUUAUUCGAUGGAAUGAACUUCGUAAACAUGUCUGCACCAACACAGCUCAAUUCUGGGCACAGGGAUUUGUUUCAGAGUUGAUCAAAGUUCACAGCGAUGUCCAGCAGAAAUAUUCGAUCCAUAUACCGCUUCUAGAUAUGGCGAUUAUAUUGCCUCAGUACCGUGCUGCAAAGCGUAGACUGCAAGUGCUAUUGUUGGAUUAUGAUGGAACUCUGCUUCCAUAUGAACGAUCUUCAACAGCUCGCUCAAAAGGAAAGGUGACUUCUAAUGAAGAAAUGAUCAAGGUGGUAACAAAACUGGCACAGGAUCCCAAAAACACGGUAUACGUCAUGAGCGGGAGAACCAAGAAUAGUCUCGAGCAGAUAUUUGAGUCCAUUCCAAACAUUGGUCUAUGUGCUGAAGGCGGUUGUUUCUUGAAGCACGCCGGAAAGUCAACUUGGGAGGACCAGGUUCAGCAAGGAAACGAUGUGCAAUGGCGUGGGAAAGUUAUGGAGAUGUUUGAAUACUACAAAGAAAGGACUCCUGGAUCAGAAAUUGAGGAAAAGAGCGUCCCCAUUGUAUGGCAUUAUCGCCAAGCAGAUAACCCAAGCUAUGGACUCUGGCAAGCGCGUGAGUGUCAGAAUCAUAUUGAGGAGGCAAUUGGGUCUAUUUACCCUGUCCAUGCAAUUGUCGGCCGUAAGUGUCUUGAAGUCAUGCCUCGAAAUGUAAGCAAGGCCAGUGCUACUAGGGCCAUUGUCGAAAGUCUUGGCCUCGCGCCAACAUCACCGUCGGCCUCAUCUUCACCAACAUCAACGCCACCUUCCUCUCUCGCACCUAAGGAAACAUCACCUUCGCUUUCAUUAUCAGAGUUAACAAUAUCGGCCUUGUCUAUUAAGGCCGAUGCAACUACAACUAACCGUCCGAUUGAUUUUAUCCUCUGUAUGGGUGAUGAUCGAUCAGAUGAAGAUAUGUUUCAGUUUGUGAAUGGAUUGAGGCUUGAGGGUGAAGAUUGUAAUGAGUGGCAACAACAAGAACAACAGAAGAACCAUCUCCACCAACAAAAUCGCCAUAGGAUAGUGACCUGUACUGUAGGAUCAAAGAGCUCUGAGGCACGUUGGUUUGUGCCAGGUGUCACUUCAGUCUUGCAGGGCCUUUCUCUCAUGGCGACCUCUGUCUCUAGCGAGGAAGUUGUGCACGAUGGACUCCAAACUGUACCGGUUUCACAAAUAGCCCUACAUACUGCUACUAUCCUGCCUGAGGUUACACCGAUGGCAAUAGUUGAUUAAAUGAUUAAACAAUGGGAGGGGGAGUCAAACUGUG